GCUGCUCGUGCGGCCAGGAUGCGCUACAACUCUGAGCUGAUUGACCGGGCACCCAAUAGGUGCAAAGCUGCCUGGGGUAUCAUCAGGGCCGCUGCGGGUGUACCAGCUCCUGGUGCUGUUCCGGUAUCUGCGGAUGAUCUUCACGACGCGUGGACCAUCUCUAUUCGCGGUAUCUGCGAGGGGAUCCGAGCUUCCCCUGUGGUGGCGGCGGAUCUGCUCUCGGCUUCGGUUCGGCCCCCCGCUCUUCGGCUGUUGACCUGGCGCCGUAUUACUUGUGAUGAUGUCACUCGAGUUGUGAACUGUUUGAGCAACUCGAGCGUGAUUUUAUAUGGCCUCCCCCUCUGGGGUGGAGCCACAGAUGUCGCCCGAGUCCUUCGUCUCCAGAAGAGGGCCCUGAGGAUUAUUUGUGGGGCUGGUAGAUUAGCCCACUGUCGCCCGCUCUUUAUCAAAGAGAGGAUCCUCACCGUCUUCUCCCUCUAUGUUCUCCAUACCCUUUGCAGAACACAUGCAAACGUGGGGUUGCUCGUGACCCAACAGAGCUUCCACCCGUAUGAGACUAGGGGUAGACUCAGGCUGGAUUUACCCUACCAGAGGCUGAGCAGAACUCGGACUGGUCUGGCUCAUAUGUCUAUCAGCCUCUAUAAUAUGCUCCCUCUGUUGGCCAGGGAUCUGCCUGCUGUGCGGUUUCGAGGGGCUCUGAGGAGCCUGCUGACGGAUCACUCUCUGUACUCACUCCGUGAGUUCUGUAUGUUGGAGAGCAGUGUGGUGAGUGCCUAUUUUCUUAUUUGAUUUCUGCCUCUGGGCAGUUGUUUUUCUUUUACAUUUUUGACGUG